AAGGGGUUUGAGUGUGGAAAGGGGGGGGUUUAGUGCAUGGCUUGCAGGGAGCCGGGCGGUCGGGGCUGAGCGUGCAAUGGUUGCUAUGGGCGUGCAAGGGGGGGCGGUGAGCGUGUAAAGCAGCGAGUGAGUGUGCAAGGGGGUGGUGAGCGUGUAAAGCGGGUUGCACGCGUGUAAGGCAGCGAGUGGGCUUGUAUAGUGUAUAUAUAUAGAUAUAUAGAGAUGGGUGUGCAAAGGGCACGAUGAGCGUGCAAUGAGCGUGCAAGGGCUUGAGCCGGGGUUUAGAUGCGUGUGCAAGGCUUGCACGAGGCUCCUGUUGUUUGGGGGGGGGGUGUCGGGGCCUACAGGGUGUUUGAUCAGGUGCAGCGUUGAGCGUGCAAGUGGUUGAGCGUGCAAAGCUUUGCACAAGUGAGUGUGCAACGAGGCCUGCGCGUGCAAGGAGGCGCCGGGUUUAGUGUGAGCUGGCUCUUAAGGUGCAGGUUGGUUGCACUGAGUGUGAGCAGGCGUUGCACUAUUGGCUUUGCACUAUGGUAGGUGGGUGUGCAAGGAUUUAGGGCUGCGUGUGCAAGGCGUGCAAGGCUCGUCUUGCACUAGUGUUGAGUGUGCAAAGCUAUAAGGCUCAGGGGCUCUGAUAGAUGAUAGAAGUGAGUGUGCAAGGCCAUAGGGCUGAGUGUGCAAGGCACGAGGGCUCGCAGUGCUCUUGCACGAGGGGGUGUGAGUGUGCAAGGCCGCACGAGUGAGCGUGCAAAUCGCCUUGUUUGUGCAACGAGCCUCAUUGCACUGCAUUAACUCUUAGUGUGGGGUGUUGAGCGUGCAAGGCUCAAGUGUGCAAGGGUUGAGUGUGCAAAGGGUGAGUGUGCAACGGUUGAGUGUGCAAGGCCUGAGUGUGCAAGGUAUAACCGUGCCCCCCUUGCACACUCGCCCCCCAUAGACCCGGGUGUAUUUAACCCCCUCACACUCCAUUUACACACGUGCUCACACGCGUGUGCAAGGCCGGGUGUGUAAAGGGGGGGGUUGGGGGGGGGAUGUUGGUGGCACCAUGUGGGGACCCCAGCAAGGCCCGGCCUGGGCUCUGCGAGGGACUGUGGGGCCCAGCCAUGGGGCCAGGAUCAGCGUGGAGGGGAGCAGGACUGUGGCGGAUUACCACGGCGGCCGUUCGCGUCGUAAGAGCGUCCCCGGUGGCAAACAAUACAGCAUCAACAUGGACGCACCCACAGCGCCGCCAUUCAGGGCCUCGGUGAGACACAACACGCGUGUCGACACGCGUGUCGACAUGGUGACCCCGUCAUCAACAUACGUGUUGCCGUGGUUACCCCAUAAAGAACAUACGUGUUGUGGUUACCCCACCUUGAACACGCGUGUCGUCAUGGUUACCCCGUCAUCAACACGCCUGUUGCCAUGGUUCCCCCAUAAAGAACAUACGUGUUGUGCUUACCCCACCUUGAACACACGUGUCGUCAUGGGUACCCCAUCCUCAACACGCCUGUUGCCAUGGUUACCUCAUUCUGGUCAUAUAUGUUGUGGUUACCCCACCUUGAACACACCUGUUGCCAUGACGACCCCAUCAUCAACACGUGUGUCAGCAUGAUGACCCCACCCUGAACACGCGUGUCAUCAUGGUUACCCCAUCAUCAACACGCCUGUUGCCAUGACGACCCCAUAAAGAACAUACAUGUGUGGUUAUCCCAUCCUGAACACGCCUGUUGCCAUGACGACCCCAUCCUGAACACGCGUGUCGUCAUGGUUACCCCAUCAUCAACAUGCCUGUUGUCAUGGUUACCCCCUUCUGGUCAUAUAUGUUGUGGUUACCCAUCGUGAACACGCCUGUUGCCUUGACGACCCCAUCCUGAACAUGCGUGUCGUCAUGGGUACCCCAUCAUCAACACGCCUGUUGCCAUGGUUACCUCAUUCUGGUCAUACAUGUUGUGGUUACCCAUCCUGAACACGCUUGUUGCCAUGACGACCCCAUCAUGAACAUGCUUGUUGCUAUGGAUAUCCCCUCCUGAACACGCUUGUUGCCAUGGUUACCCCAUAAAGAACAUACAUGUGUGGUUAUCCCAUCAUGAA